ACCACGGUCCGGUCACAUGUGCUCCCGCCGUCACCCCUGACACUUGGACAGAGCUAGGCGAGGACGCACACGUGGCCUCGCUCUCCCCUCUAUUCUCAAUUUUUCGUUCCUUUAUUCACGUUUGCGGUUUGCAAUGACUAAACCGAAAGCCUGUACAGUCUGCAGGCUGCCAGUGAAGGGGCAUGAUGGCCCUUACGGCCCCGGGAAGUGCGGCGUGACCCUCUCGUCACCACCAGACGCCUCGGACAGCGACGCGGACAGGCGCCGUGCUGACAGGGCCCGGCGGUCUCUGCAGAAGCUCCGGCGGGAGAGCCGAAUCAAAGACCUGGCGAAGGGUCUCUGGUCAGAGGCGAGCGACGGGGAACAGGCAACUGUACGUGACCUCCGUGAAGACAAGGUCUUGGCCAGACGUGUCGAGCAGACUUUGGACGAGAUCUUCGGCAAAAAGAAAUCGCCAGCGUCAUCCAAGAAAAAGGUCCGGAUCCCGUCAGACGACGACAACCUCUCGCGGUCGAGCUCUUCUUCUCCGGUGGCUCACAACUCUCGCCGCCCCCUCGUAACCUCCUCGUCGGAAGACAGAGCGAAGGCCCGUCGCCACAGUUCCCGGCACCGCGUCUAUUCUUCGUCGGCCAACAAGGCCAAGUCUGACCGCCCCACUACCAGAAGCCGACGGAAAGGCAACAGGUCGCGCCGAUACCGUGCCACCGACUCGGACAGUUCGUUGGUUUCGUCUUCGUCGCCGCGCAGGUCCCGCCGCCGAGGUAAGGGCAAGAAGAGUGGCCGCAAUAAGACUAUCAAUGAUUGUGUUUCGGGGUUUGCUAAAGUGGACUGGCCAAAUCAUCACGUGCACUUCCCCGGCAAGGGUAAGAAAGGCGAUGGUUGUGUCACGUUCGAUGAUUUGUCGACACCUAUGUUCACGUAUGGAUAUGUCAAAAACCUCAUCGAGAAGAAACGGGUCGAGGGAUCCCUAAAGGUUAAGCUCCAACAUCUAGCUGAUUUGAUGUUUGAUGCUGCGUACUACGAAUGGGAAGUCGUGCGGGAAACACAUGCCGCCGUCCUGUACUCGAUGGAGAACGGCACGUUAACCUGGGCAGACAAAGACGCCAUCGACGAAACCCGAGAACACCAUUACCGCACUCAGGCUGGGGCCACCCGAGCUCCUCCCACACCCCGGGGUCCGACGCGCUUCCCACGCGAUCACAACAGGGCACGCUACUGCGAGGCUUAUCAGCAUGGGUCCUGCCAGCGAGGGUCGGAGCAUUGGGAUCAGCGUUGGGGCAAGUAAAGCAUGUGUGCUGCAUGUGCCUGCUUGUCAGGCACGUAGAGGUAGCGCAUCCGAAGAUCGAGUGUCCACACGCGAGGACCUUUCGCCCCGCCCCCGGUGGUCAGCCUGGUCGAGGUGCCAGUUUCCCUUCACAGCCGGGUGCCACUGGCACCGGGGGAGAACAUUAUUGAGUUGUUUCGUGCUGUUGCUCAGACCGGGGUCCCUAAUUACCUUGGCGCCCG